AUGGUGGGAAAACAGUGCUGGUGUCCUGCCCAGUUCACUAAAUACCAGAUACCAUACAUCGACAAAUAUUGUUGGGUUCGGAAUACUUACGUAGUUGAUUUUGAUUCUACUAUUCCGAAUGAAAAGUAUGCGAGACAUGAAACUGAAAUUCAAUAUUACCAAUGGACACCUAUCAUAUUGCUAUUUCAGGCCGUUUUAUUUUAUGCACCAAGAUUAUUCUGGAAGGCGUUUAGUGGAUAUUCGUCUUUGAAUAUUAAAAAAAUUAUAAAAAUAGCGAACGAAAUAUCAUACAAGUAUGGAGAUGAACGUAAGAAAACUGUAAAAAGUACCGUUGAAUAUUUCGAAAAAUACUUAAAAAUUCGGAAUUGCGUGACAACGAGGAAUAGAAACAUGGAACAAACGAAUGAAACCCUUGUUGCUAUGGGAAUCCAUAAAGGAAAUUAUAUUGUACUUAUAUUUCUCCUUACUUCAUUCUUAUAUGCAGCAACCGCUUUAAGUCAAAUAUUCAUAGUAGACAGUCUUCUUGGGAUAAGAUUUAAAACACUAGGGCCAGAUAUUCUCAAACGCGCUGUCAUGGGAGAUACUUUGUUGGACCACAACAGAUUUCCAAUUGUUACGUUUUGUGAUUUUGAAUUACGACAAAUGACAAAUGUACAAACAUGGACCGUCCAAUGUUCAUUGCCGAUUAAUCUAUUCAGUGAGAAAAUAUUCAUAGCAAAUUGGUUCCUUUUGGUUGUUAUGACGAUUAUAAACGCCAUCUACUUCCUGUAUAACUUGGUAUCUACAUUUUUGCCAUAUCGAGCAGAGGUUUAUGUACACAAAUUUCUUAUAGUAAAUGGUGUUCAUACUGGACGGUACCAGAUAAUUCCUGAACAUUUGACAGAGUCACAAACAGACUUUGUUCAUAGUUAUUUACGUCGGGAUGGAGUUUUUCUUAUAUGGAUGCUUAGUAAUAAGGUCAAUCAUGUCGUAGCUGGAGAACUUGUGAAUGAACUUUGGAAGAAUUACACCAAAUAGUGUCAUCUUUUAAGAAAAAAAAUGAUUGCCUAAUAUGCUAAAAAAUAAAAAGGCGGAAAAAUGUAAACAACAUCUGCUAAGAUCAACGUUAAAAAUGUGAUGUGAAAAGGGUUAGAAUUGGGGUUUUAUUUACACUUACCUAAAUUCGAUAGCUCUUUUUAAAUGUUUUUUUUUUAUAUAUAUAUAAUUUACGAUAUUGUUAAUUUCCACAGGUAAUCUGCAAGUAUUGAAAAAAAAAUGAAAAACAAAUGCUAAAUUCUUUCCACUUCUUUGCACAAAACAUUUGUCUUUAAAUAUGUUUCGUUUUGUUUCAUUGUUUAAACUACAUCUCGGUCCGAUUCUGUUUUGCAAUCUAGCACAACUCUAUAUUUAAUUCCGGUAUUUUAUUGUUCAUAUUACAGAUAAAUGGCAGUCUACACGGACGCAACACAUUUUCAUUCAUCUGACAAGGCAACUUAAUACAAUCCAGUUAUA